AUGGAUUCCGAAUUGCUGUUCUCAGCGUUGAGCAUAAGAUCCGAAGAACUUACCAUAGACGAGAUGCUAUCAUGUCAAAAGGAUGGGCAGAAAUCCAGUGGUCACUAUCGUGACAUACUUCAAGAUCUGAUUUCUAAGGUCCAUAAGGAGGAGCAACUUUGUGAGAAUCUCAUGGCUACGAAGGAAUUAUACGCGAAGGAAACAUCUUCACUAUUAGGAAUGAUUGACGGCAGGAUCGAACUUGCUAGAGACCUUCUUAAGGAGAAGCAGCUGUUGAUUCAGAAGAAGGAAGCUUUAAAAGCUCUAUUGUCGGCCGAAAAUAUCAGUAUGGCUGAACUCCUUGUAAGGAAGGAGAGAGUGAACAAUUUGGAAGGUAAAAUUACUCGCGUGCAGCAGUUAACAGAAAAUUGCGAAAGUCUCAAAGACGAAAUAGCCGAAUAUUCCAAAUGA